CCUGUAAGCCCUGUAAUGACAGCCUCCUUCCCUUCUUCAGCAGCUGUUGCUUCUUCCACUGCCCUUCCUACAACCCCACCCACUCCAUCCACAACUCUAGAUCCUCCCAAGACUCCGUCUCUGAUUAACCAGAUGCCUUCUGCUGCACCAGUUUCUCAGACAUCAGCACAUUCUCCUGUUGCAGCUCCUUUCAUUCUCCCAGUGGCUCCCGUUUCUCCUCCUUUGGCUCCCGCUGUUCUCCCUGUCACUCUAAAUCCUUUUCCUGCUCCUCCUGCCAAAGUCCCUAUCAGUUCUCAUGUCACUCCUGGUCUAUCUUCUGCUCCAGCUUCUCAUUCUGUGGUCCCAGUCACAGUGCCAUCUCUUCCCCCAAUUGUUCCUGUUUCUUCACCUGCAACAGCACUUUCUGUUAUUGGCCCUGAAAGCCCUUCUCCAUCUUCAGUUGCUCCAGCAGCAACCAUUCCUGGCCCAGUGGCUCCUGUUUCACUUAGCGUGUCUUUUCCUGUUCCCCAGGAUGCUACAUCUCAAAACCAAAAGCGACAACCUGUUUUUCCUUUGACCCUUUCAGAUGCUUCUGCAGCCACACCCAUGAGUUCUGCUAGCUCAUUUAUUUCUACUCUUCCCCUUGCAGUGACCACUUCCAACCCUGUAGCACCUAUACAGCUGCCUGUGGUACCUGCAUCCUGCCCCUUGGCCUCAGAAGUGCAUCCUGCUGUGAAACUAUCGACACCUAUGAAACUUGCUUCUCCUCCAGCAACUACUUCUGACCCCGUAGCUAUGGUAGUGCCCUCUUCUAGUUCUGUGGCACCUGUUUUCCAACUUGGUGCUCCUCCAUUGGCCUCUGCUGCUUCCGAAGCACCUACUGUGGUCCCAGGAGUGUCUGCAUCCAAACCAGUGGCAGUUGGCGUGUCCCCUGUGACAUCUUGCCCAGUGGUUACCACCAUGCUAUCUUCUUCCCAACCAAUACCACCUGCUCCCUGCCCUCUGUCAUUGGCUGGCCCUGCUCCUUCAGUCCCUGUGUCUGGCAUUGCAGCUCCAGCAGUGCUUCUUUCUGGUCCUCUGUCACCUGUUUCCUCACCUAUAGCAACUAUUUCUGGCCCUGUAACUGCUCCUUUGGCCCCAGCAGGACCUGCUUCUAGAACUUUGACAGCUACAUCUGGCCAGGUAGCCCCACCAGUAGUGCUUCCUUCUAGGCCUGUGGCACCAACUUCCCAGCCUAUGGCAGUGGCUCCUGACCCUGUAACUCCUUCUGAAGUUGCUGCAGGACCUGAUUCUGCACUAGUGGCACCUUCAGUGUCAUUGGUGAAGCCUGCUUCUCCCUUGGCAACUUCUGCCCCAGCAGCUCUAGCAGGACCUGCUCCUGUACCACCAGCAUCUGCAGUGCCUCCUGUGAAGCCUACUUCUCCCCUGGCAAAAACAGUGCCUGCUUCUACUCCUGUGGUACCUUUUAGCCCUGUGGCCACCUCUGAGCUUGCUCCUAAACCACUAGCCCCUGCUGUGCCACCUAUAAAUCCUGCAUCUCCUUUGGUACCUUUUUCUGGACCUCUGGCCCCAGCAGGGUCUGCUAUUACCCCACCAGCCCCUGAAGUGAAACUUACUUCUCUCAUGUCACCUAUUUCUGGCCCUGAAGCAAAAGCAGCACCGAGUUACAGUUCUGUGGUUGCAGCUUGUGACCCUGUGGCCCCAUCUGGGCCUAUUCCUAAGCCAUCUUCUCCUUUGGCACCUGCUUCAGGUCCUGUGGCCCCUCCUGCUUCUCAGCCUGUAAUCUCUUCAGUUACUCCUGUUACACCAACUUCUCUCACUGUGUCUCCUCCUCUGGUACCCACCGCUGACUCUCUGACAUCUGCACGGGUGGUCCCAGUAGUGCCUGCUAGUAGUGGUACUGUGCCCUCUAUGAUAUCUGAUCCUGUGGCCCCUGCAGCUUCUGCUGCUGGCCCAAGGGCUCCUGUUUCUGUGGCUUCUUCUGCAACCCCUGCCCCUCCUUCAUCCCCACCUGUUAUCUCAGCUGCUGGCCUGGUGUCCUCACCUGUUACCUCUCCUCUUACCCCUGUGGCCAAAGCUCCCCCUGUGAUCCCCACUGCAUCAUCUGCUGGCCCAUCUACUCCUCCUCCUCUUAUUCCAGUGACUCCUGAACCUGUCUCUGCUACCAAACCACAAGCUAUCCCUGCCAGCUCUGCUGCUUCAGCCUCAGAUGUGUCCCAGGCUUCUCCUGCUUCCUCUGUUGGGAGUGUGGUGCACCCACAGAAAACUCCUGCAUCUGCUGACAUCCCUGUUUCUGCCCCAGCAGCAAAUAAUCUCCCCCAGCCUGCUUCACCUGCACCUGUUUUCCCUGUGAAAAAGCUAACACUGUCCUCUGCACUUCCUAAAUCACCACCAGUUUCACCCCCAUCUGGUCUAGCACCUGAAGUGCCAGACAAACCCUCCACCCCUGCCUCUUCUGUCAUCGAAGACGACGAUCUACCACCUUUGAUCCCUCCAGAGGCACCUGCUGGGGAGCCACCUCUGCAGCCCGUCCUGGUGGAUUUCUCUCCCAAGCCAGCUGUGGCCCUUGCUGAGGCCCCAGCUGCUGCUGCUGCUACUACUACUACUACUGCUGCUCCUUCUCCUCCUCCUGCCAAACAGCCUGCCCUGAAGAAUGACAAGGGAUCUGGGACAGAAUCUGACAGCGAUGAAUCAGUGCCGGAACUUGAAGAACAAGACUCCACACAGGCCACAACACAGCAGGCACAGCUUGCAGCAGCAGCUGAAAUAGAUGAAGAACCAGUUAGCAAAGCAAAACAGAGCCGGAGUGAAAAGAAAGCCAGGAAGGCAAUGUCCAAGCUUGGCCUUCGUCAGGUCACAGGUGUAACCAGAGUUACGAUCCGGAAAUCCAAGAACAUCCUGUUUGUCAUCACCAAGCCAGAUGUAUACAAAAGUCCUGCAUCAGAUACCUAUAUAGUCUUUGGUGAAGCAAAGAUUGAAGAUCUGUCACAGCAAGCACAACUGGCUGCUGCUGAGAAAUUCAAAGUGCAAGGAGAAGCUGUUUCAAACAUUCAGGAAAAUACACAGACCCCCACUGUACAAGAGGAGAGUGAAGAAGAGGAGGUUGACGAGACUGGUGUUGAGGUGAAGGACAUAGAGUUAGUUAUGUCGCAAGCAAAUGUUUCCCGAGCAAAAGCUGUCCGCGCCCUGAAGAAUAACAGUAAUGAUAUCGUAAAUGCUAUUAUGGAAUUGACGAUGUAACCACACAGGAAAGGGAACCUUUUUGGUGUUUCAGAUGAAAGUUAAAUUGCUGUUAAAUUCAAAAUUUGUACUAUUUCUAUCAAUUAAUAAAAGUUGUGGUUUAAAA